UCUCUCUCUCCCAUUGGAUUUUGCAAGAUGAGUCAAGGCCUUUUUUAAGUGCCACACUUGCCUCGUGAGCCCGGGGCAUUUAUUAUCUGCCUGUAUUUGUAUUGUGCCUGUGUGCAGCAGCUCUUUCAGUUAGAGGCCAACGCUGACCUGCAGCCAUGGAUGACGUAUAUAAAGCAGCGGUUGAAAACUUGACAGAAGAACAGAAAAAUGAAUUCAAGGCGGCGUUUGACAUCUUCAUCCAGGAUGCUGAGGAUGGUUGUAUCAGCACCAAAGAGCUGGGGAAGGUAAUGAGGAUGCUGGGCCAAAACCCCACCCCUGAAGAGUUACAGGAGAUGAUCGAUGAGGUGGAUGAAGAUGGCAGCGGUACGGUAGACUUUGAUGAGUUCCUGGUUAUGAUGGUCCGCUGCAUGAAGGAGGAGAGCAAAGGAAAAUCAGAAGAGGAGUUGGCUGAGCUGUUCCGCAUGUUUGACAAGAAUUGCGAUGGUUACAUAGACUUAGAUGAGCUGAAGCUGAUGUUGGCUUCCACUGGAGAAUCUAUCACAGAAGAUGAUAUAGAGGAGCUGAUGAAGGAUGGAGACAAAAACAACGACGGCAGAAUUGAUUAUGAUGAGUUCCUGGAGUUCAUGAAGGGUGUUGAAUAAAUGACAUAACCUGAGGAAUUACCAUACGCCGUCUGUUUACUGAUUGUCUGGGAUGUGUCUGACGACAUGGCUAUCGCUUGUUUUAAUUGAAACAAACUGUAUGGGUGCAAACAACGUCCACAAAGGUUGAAAUAAUAUAAAUAUGCACAAGAUUAAAAGCUAUUUUCAAUUAAAAGAUAACCAUGGUUGUUUGUGAAUUGCAUGGAUUUCAUUGUUCUUUAUACACAAAUGAAGUCACUAAAAAUUAAAA